AUGCUGUGCAGCAAGCGACCACUUAUGCAGGACAUCGAUGGCGACCUCUACAAUUUUCACUUCAACCCGGAAAUGAUCUGCGAAGCCCUCGCUUUCAAGCUCCGCCCAGGUGGCGUCAUUGAGGUGAGCUGCCCAUCUUCAGGAACCCGCUGGAUGCGUCACGUGAUACAACUCAUCUCUUACAAGGGCAACAGCACCAACUCGUACGACGAGUUCCGUGCAAGGUCGCUAUUUCUCGAGCAUCUUGGAAAACGAGCCGACGUAGUGACGUCAACGCCGCGGCUUAUACUGACGAACAUCCUUCCAGGAAAGCUUGUAACGACAGCGGACGCGAAGUACGGCUACGUCGCUUGGAACCCGUGGGACGUUUCCUGCUCUUCCUACAGUAUCAGCAUGAAGCUGCGUGAACUGAUUGAGCGAAUGUCCUUUGACGACUUCGUGUCCAUGUUUCUUGACGGGCGCGUCGGCGUUGGCCCGUACUUUGAGCACGUGCAUGCUGGCUACGUGAGAAGAAAGGACCCGAACUUUUUCUUUGUGACAUACGAAGAGAUGGUGAGGGACUGCGAGAGCGUUGUCCUGCGGCUGGCAGACUUCUUGGAUGGCGACUACGGCAAAUCUCUUCGCAAAAAUACGGAACUCCUCAGCCUACCAGGGGAUGUGGCAAAGGUUGUGUACAAGCCUGCACAACGCCAGCCGUACGCAGUCACUACAACCAAAUAUGGUUAUAGGCAAUAA